UGUGUGCGCGCGCGCGUCGCUGGUCCUCUCAGCGGGAUGUAGGCUGGCGUCCCUCCCAGAGUCCGCGGAAGGAGCCGUGGCCGCGUGUCGACGCUGAUCGCUGGAUGUGUGUCCGUGCUCCAAGCGACUAUGCUGCGCCUUCUACACCGAUCGCUGCCUCGCGCUCGCCGCUCCGCCGCCUCCAGGAGCCUGGGCACCGCCGCGGAGCCCGGGCACGCGGGCCGCCCGCGGGAGAGGACCCUGACUAUGGAGACGCUGAACCCGCUGGUGAAGGCGGUGGAGUACGCGGUGCGGGGCCCCAUCGUCACCAAGGCGGGAGACAUCGAGAGGAGGCUGCAGCAGGGAGUGAAGCAGCCGUUCAGCGAGGUCAUCAAGGCCAACAUCGGAGACGCCCAAGCAAUGGGUCAGCAGCCCAUCACCUUCCUGCGACAGGUGGUGGCGCUGUGUAGUUUUCCCGAGCUCCUGGAGAGUCCAGCCUUCCCUGAAGACGCCAAGCAGCGAGCCAAGCGCGUCCUCCAGGACUGUGGCGGCCAGAGCUUAGGCGCCUACAGCAACAGUGAAGGGGUGGAGUGUAUUCGUCGGGACAUUGCGGACUACAUCUCUCGCCGGGACCAUGGUGUUCCGUCAGACUGGGACAAUGUCUACCUCACUACUGGAGCCAGCGAUGGCAUCAUGACCAUCCUGAAGCUGCUGGUUUCGGGCCAAGGUCGCUCCAGAACCGGCGUGAUGAUCCCCAUCCCGCAGUACCCGCUCUACUCCGCAGCCAUCUCCGAGCUCGGCGCCGUGCAGGUCAACUACUACCUGGAUGAGCGCAACUGUUGGGCUCUGGACACGGAGGAGCUGCAGCGAGCGUUCCUGGACGCCAAGCAGCACUGUCGGCCCCGAGUGCUGUGCAUCAUCAACCCGGGGAACCCCACUGGUCAGGUGCAGAGCAAGAAGUGCAUCGAGGAAGUGCUUCACUUCGCCUAUGAAGAGAACCUGCUGGUCAUGGCUGAUGAGGUGUACCAAGACAACGUUUACGCCCCGGACUGCCAGUUCCACUCCUUCAAGAAGGUCCUGUAUGAGAUGGGACCAGAGUACUUCAACCACCUGGAGCUGGUCUCCUUCCACUCCACCUCCAAGGGCUACACUGGAGAGUGCGGCUUCCGCGGCGGCUACAUGGAGGUGUUGAACUUGGAUCCGGAUGUCAAGGCUCAGCUGGUGAAGCUGGUGUCCGUUCGCAUCUGCCCGCCGGUGCCUGGACAAGUGGCCAUGGAUGUGAUCGUCAAUCCUCCGAGAGAACACGAGCCGUCGUACGCUCAGUUCAUCAAGGAGAAGAACUCGGUUCUGGAUGCGCUCGCCCACAAGUCCCGGUUAACGGAGCAAAUCCUCAACUCGGUGCCUGGUAUGCAGUGUAACCCGGUCCAAGGGGCCAUGUACGCCUUCCCCCAGAUCUUCAUCCCACCCAGAGCCAUCCAGGAAGCCCAGCUGCUGUCCAUGGCUCCCGACAUGUUCUACUGUCUCAAGUUGCUGGAGGAAACCGGAAUCUGUGUGGUUCCAGGGAGUGGAUUUGGUCAGAGGGAAGGGACCUAUCACUUCAGGAUGACCAUCCUGCCGAGCGCAGAGAAGCUGACGCUCCUCUUGGGCAAGCUGAAGGACUUCCACCUCAGGUUCCUCGAACAGUACUCAGAAGCUCAGACCAGUGUUGGAGAAGUCCCUGGAGACGGGCUCCAGUGAGGGACGAACUCAGCAGCCACUUCAGUUUUUAUUGUUUGUCUGGAAUGUGGCCCAAGCAUGUGCCUUCCCCGAUGAAAGGCUUCCUGCUCAGUGGAGGUGUUGAGGAGCCGUCUGAGCUCCAGAGAAGAAGGGAAAACCAUCGAAGCUGCUCUUCUGAUGUGUUGAGGCCAUGGAGCUCUUGUUGCAUAUUUUUUAGACAUUAAACUUGGUUGUACAUAAUUAAUCCAGGCCUGGCUGUUGUACAUGAGUCGAGCUGUUUACUUGUUUUGACAACUCUUUCAUAAUGAGACGCUCUUCUUGUGUUGUAUUAAAGCUGCUGUGCUUCUCUCUUCCUGGCCACUCGUCCUUUUCAAACCUGUCAAAAACACCACACUUGCAACAGGACAGGGCUGGAGUUUUCCCUGACCAGAAGUUUCUGAGGUAAAGUUGCGAGGAGGCAGGGACGUGUUUCAGUCAGUGACUGUUUGGGGAAACACAUGGUGAAGUGCUACUUGUCUGAACAGGAAGUGUAAGAGACCGUGAUCAUAGCGUGCAAGGAGAAUGGCUAGAAAACAAGGUAGAUCUGGGUAAAAAACACUGAAGACAUGACACAAGUCUGAGUCCUCAGAGAGAGAUAGACAGUGUUUCUAUCGGAUCCCGAUCAGCCGAAGUGAGAAACAAAGGUUUUCAACUGUCUAGAUCGAACAAAUGUCGGGAAGUUAUAGUGGAUGAAGCAGUCACAAUGUGGGAGAGAAAGAGCAGCGUGGGGCAGGUGUGUGCUCCCGAGUGCUUCACUAGUUUCUCUUCUCUCCGAUGAAGCUGUUUCCCUUUUGGUCAGAUGCUAUUUUUCUAUCUUUUCUCUCAACAAUAAACAUUGUGUUUGGCUUCCUUUAGAACAGGGGUUCUUGACCUCUCUGAUCUCAUGGCCCACCUUUCCCAGAACAACUGGACCCGGGGCCCGUACAAGGAAUAGAACUGACUCUUG